AUGAAUAAGUAUGUAAUUCAAAAUUAACUGUUCCAUUGGUUCAGUAGUUAGCUUAUGUGGCUUCAGAACACGAGGUCCAGGGUUCGAGACCAUGUGAAAAAUUGAAUUUUUCUUUCUAUUAUUCAUUCACAGAUUGGUAGUUUAGAACAUGUUUUAUCUAUUUAAAUAUCUUUUUUACAACAAAAUUAGUGUGAGUAAAUUUUUUAUCAAUCAUUUCUUUCGUUUGGACAAAAAUCCUUGUUAACUUGACCAUUUUUUUUUUCGAAAAAAAAAGUAAAAAAUGGGCGACGCCGGCGAGCCUUUACACAACUUCGUCAAAGCACAACUGAAGCAGUCCAUAAAGAAUGCAGACGUGUUGUCACUCAUCAAGAGAAUGGCAGACUCUGUACCUGACGAUGCAGAGGGCGCAGACAUAAAGCAAGGCCUUGAGGGAAUCCUCACCCAUUACGAGACUCUGGAUGACGAUGAGAAGGAGUUCUUUCUGGGAUACGUGAGGAAGGAGAUCAUGUCGAAGUUGGCGGCGAAGGUGGAUGACGUGCCGAUGGAUUUGUCUGAAUUGGAAUCUGCUAUCACCAGCGCCAUAUUGUGGCAAUUCGUCUUAGUUGCUGUUGUGGGCGUGAUUAUACUUUUAAUUUUAGUAUUCUUCGGCUACAAACUGUACAAAUCGAUAAAAGACAAAAGGGUUAAACUCGAAGAGAAGAAGAAACUUAAACAAAUGAAGAAGAAGAAAUAAAUAUGCGUUAGAUGUAAAUGGGCUUAAACAUUAUGUGUCACAGAAGUUACUUUUGAACGACCGUUGUCUGUUAAAUCCCGACCGCUCAGAGAUUGCGUCUGACAUGUCGGCGAUGUAACAUGAGAGAGAGAGACAAAAAACGAGGCAAUUGUAAUUGAAUGUUUGUCCCUUUCGCACGAUCUGUCUGAAACGCAAUUUCUGAGCGACCGUUUACCUAACGGGCGUAGACAGAAAAGUAAAUAGACGGUUAGAUAGUACACAUAUACGGUUACAUUCCGUCAAAAAAGAGAACAAAUGCGUGGACUCUGUAAAGUGAAGUCAACACUGACUUCCCAAAAAUAAUCUUUUGACUUACAACAGCAGGCCAAUCAAUUGCCUGUUGCUUUCUCUGUCUACGUUAGCGGGCAUAUUUUAUUUUGUAAAAUAAUGUUAAAGUAAAAUUAGGGUUAAAAACGAAUAGUUACCCAAACAAGAGUUCCAAAGAUUUAUAACAUCAGUUUCGAAUGAAUAACUUAUUUUUCUGUUCUUUUUAUUAUCUGUUGUUGUGUAAUCAACUGGACCAUUAAAUAUAGAAACUUUGAAUGUUCGUAAUAUCUUGAAUCAUUCUUUAUAUUUUUAUAUUAACAAUUGCGUAUCGCAAUUAAUUGACCCUAAUUGCAAAGGUAUAGUGGUCGCCACGGAUCUUUGUGAUUGUGAAGUUAGCUGCUGAAUGAGUAUAGAUGCGCGGUCGCCUCUAGCCGGCUUCCCGCACGCGCCGUUUGUACCGUUAUUGAUUCAUUGCUCAGUCAUUUGUUGCUAACUUCACAAACACAAAGAUCCGUGGCGAGCAGUUAAGAUUGUCUUUGAUUACUCUGAGCUUCUGUGACAAAUAGUGUUAGUGGAAUGCCUGAAAUAAUAUUUUCUCACUACAAACUUGUUAGGGACUACGCCGGCGGACAGAGUGGCUUAACUUGUAAACUAACGAAUAUUCAACGAGUAUUCAACGUUUAAUUGAUGUGGUUCUUUUGUACUUGCUCAAAUGCUUCUCUUUUCACAAGAAAACAGUACUGACUCUAAGUGAUUAGACCCUUAGACAGAGAAGUAAAUAGACCGAUACAUAUGCAACACAUUCCAUAUUUAAAAAUGGUGCACAUUGAACUGUUUUUUUUUUCUACACAUGAUAGCUCUUUAUUUUGACACCUGUCAAUUUAGUUUUGUAAACAGCUGAUUAUCUUAGUUUUAUUUCUGCAAAAUAAUAUUAUUUCAGGGCUUUGUUCUGCAAUUGACUGAUUUAAAACUUAAAAUAAGGAAUAAUUAUUUAUCAUCGGUCUACGAAUGGUUACGAAAUAUAAUUUGAUGUUGUUAUUUUUUUUUAUAUUUAUCUAUGAUCAUGACAAGGACUGUACUGACGAGUUUUUUUUAAAUAGAUUAUAAAAAAAUAUUAUUGAUUUCAAGAAUUUACCUCUUCUUGAAUUCAAUAAUUCAAACAGGAUGGCUUAGUUUUUAUUCUUGCAAAUUUGAAUUCAAAUAUGUAGUUAGAACUAUAAAGCUUUUUAUUAUAGUAAAAUUGUAAUAGACAGAUUAUAGUCGAUAUUUACAAAAAAAAAUCAGUUUAUAUUAUAAAAUUGGAAUUGAAAAAAAUCCAUAUCAAUGUUGGCUUGUUUAUUUUUUACUAUAUUUUAUGUUGCCUGUAUUUCUAAAUAGAAAGUUGCAAGUUAGAUAGUACUUGCCUACACAAAUAUUACAGGUUUAUAUAUAAUUUGGCUUGAAAGGAUUUGAUAUGUCGAUAUGUCGAUAUGUCUAUAGUAAAUGUAAAAUGUAAUUUAUUUUUGUGGAUUUUAUUAAGAUUUUACUAUUCUAGUACCUACAUAUAUAACCACAUUCCAUGUAUGAUUGUUAUGUUUUAAUAUUAUAAUGUUUAUUUGUGAA